AAUAUUGAUUGUAUACUCGUUGGUUGUAAACUAAUAUAUGAUAUAUCUGUGAAAUGAAAGAGAGCUGAGGGAAAAAAAAUGAGGACUUUAAUCUUAGUACAGUUUUAUUUUUUAAAGCGGAUUUUUAAAAGUAAUUGUAAAUUCAUUGGCGAUAUGUAUUUUAUUGUAUUUACGUAGCAUUAUCUUCCUGUUCCGAAAUUUUGUACAGUUUGGUGGGAGUUCUAACCUGUAGAUAUGUCAAAAUGUCUAAUGUAGGCCUCAGGAAAUGGAACCAAAUCCUCUUAGUGUUAUCCUCGUGAAGAGUGAUAGCAAGGGUGACAGGUUGUUGUUUAGGUAUCCUUAUGCAGCUGAAACAAAAUCAGAAUGUGGACAGCAAACGCGACGAAAAAAUCCUUAUUCAUUGACAGUUACUGAAGAUCUGCUCCAAAGCCCCCCUCCGCAAACGUCUAACAUUUAUAAAGGACGAUUAACUGGAUUUUCGGAUGAGGUAUUAUCGACUUUGUUUGCUGUUACGAAAGAUCUUUGCGAACAGAAAUUCGAAUUGAAAGUAAAUGAUGUAAGAUUUGUUGGUCAUCCAACUUUGCUAACAUCUAGUUUUAAUGAAGAAAACCCAUCAAUAAUUUUAAUGAACAUUGUUUUUGCCUUACGUGCAACAGCAAGUCAUUCUAUUGUUAAAUGUUAUUAUGACUUGAGCAAGAGACUUGGUGUAGCUCUGCGGCGUGAAGAAAUAAGAUGUGGCUAUGUAAGCAAAGAAACUAAAAUACUGGUAACAGCUCAUGAUGAGGUUGCAGCAAGGCCGGAACCGGAAGUGCAAGAUGAUGUUCCUUCCCCGUUUGACCUGGUCCUGGAGCGAAGCCCGCUGGCGAGGGACCUGAGGUCGCUGUAUGACUCUCUCAUCUCGACGGGGCUGGUCCACGUGCGCAUCAACGGCUGGAUCGAAGUCAGCUUCUGCCUGCCCCAGAAGGUUCACCAGUUCCACAAGAAGGGAUUCAUCAUAGAACCGGAAACAAUCCAGAAAUGUUUGCAAUCCUUAAGGCCUUAUCAUGGGUUGUUAUUGCUAGUAGAUUCUGCAGAGCUAUUGGACGACUUGCCACUUGAUGCAUCACCGGCGCUUGUGCGUCUAAUCAAAAUGUACAGUCCCUUGAAAAGUCUUCAGACACUGGCAGCAGAUACUGAUCUCACUUUGUCGCAGGUGUUCCAGCUAACGGGCCACUUGUUGUACUGGGCCAAAGCAACUGUGAUAUACCCCUUGUGCGAGAACAACGUCUAUGUGAUAGCGCCCGACGCGCCCACCAGUAUCUACUCCCCCCUGGUGGAGAAGUUCUCGGAGCACUUCCCUGGGGUUCAUCUGCUGCAGAUCAUGAGUGAUUUUUCUCUUCCUGCAUCAAUAGGGCAGAAGAUCAACCCUUUGCAGUACUCGCAACAGCACUCGCAGCUGGUCCAGAUGGUAGUUUGGAUGCUGCAGCACAGACUCCUGUUGCAGUUGCACACGUAUGUGUACUUCAUGCCGACCGCGAAUGGUCCCAGCGGCCCUCAGGAGCGUCCUCGGAGCAGCCACGGGCUGCAGCCGGGCUCGACCAGGGACGGCAGCUACCAGAGCACGCCCGACGAGCAGCUGAGCGUGGGUACUGCCAACCGCGCGGCCAGCGACACCUCGCUCAGCUCGGGCACCAGCGACGGGGCGGCGUCCCCGAGGGCCCGGGGCCGGACGGCCGCCGCCCCGCAGAGCAGCUCCCUGGUGUCCACCGACAACGAGGCGAGCCUCGCGGAGGACGGCCGCCGCCCCGGCGCGGUGCCCGAGGAGCUGCUGGCGGGCUUCUCGGAGGAGGAGCGGGCCGCCGUGCUGAGGAUCCCCGCCGCGACCGUCCCCGAGGACCUGCGCCUGCUGGUGAGGCUCGACCGGCAGGGCUACCUCCGGGGCUGCCACCACGUGGAGGAGAUCAUGUACGCGGAGAACCUGAGGCGCUCGCAGCUGCUGCAGCUGCUGGACAAGUUCCGCGACGUGCUCAUCACGUGCCAGACGGAAGACCCGGCCGUAGCGAUGUUCUACUCUCAUUCCUACCCGUAGUGCCUGCUUUCCUACAGUUCUUGCAUGUAUCUUGUGUGUAUUUCCAAGGACUUUCAGCAUUCUACGAUACAAUUUUAAAAACCAAACAAAUAAUAUUAAUAUGAGUUCCAGGUCUCUUUUCAGUUGAAAUAAGUUACAUAAGGCAUUUAAGACACUAGUCAAUUUAUGUUCAAAAUUAAAAAAAAAAAAAAAAUUAGAAUAAUUAUAUAGGUAAUAGUCAAUCUUGAGAAUGUUUCUGAAUGCUCAGAUCUCUCCAGCAACUAUAGAAUAUUUGCUCUUUUAUCAUAUGUUAGUAACAGUUUAAAGAAGGAUAAUUACAUGACUUGACCUAACUUCUGCGUUAUAGCAUAUCUUUAUUUAAUCAGGUCGUGAUCCCAUAUAGACACCCUGUGGGACACGACAGUAAAUAUUUGAAAAUUGCCCGCACAAAUACUCUUGUGCUGGCUGUGAAAAAGUUUGGAACAGAGUUACUUCAAGGUCCGGGUGUCAGUGUAAACAAAGGGACGGGCCUAAACGUGCGUAAAACAUAUUGGAACAUGUUUUCUUAUCCCAUUAACAAUUAUUUCUUGGCAUAGACUAUAAAAUUAUUAUGUACAACGUUAAGUCUAAAAAAAACGAAAAAGAAAGGUUAAUUCUAUGUUAUUUUUUACAUAGGUUCCAACGUUUUCAGGGAAAACGUAAUUUUUGCCUCACAUCAAGCAAUAAAAUAAAUUUACGUAAAACUAGGUAUAAAUAUAAAAUGCAUAAUAGCUUCUCUUGUAAACAAAGCCAUCUUGCUUUUUCACAAAUUAACAAGAUAUAAUGAAGAUAUGAAAUGUAUAACUUUGUGUUGUACGCACAGCAUUAAGAGUAAUGUAUCACGUUUAUGUCUUUCAUAAAUAAUAUUGAUUGGUGCUGUAGUAAGUAGGGUUCUGCGAAUAUUUGAAAUUUCCGAAUUCGAGUUCAAAUUUUUUGAUAUUGGAUUCGUCAAUUUGAAUCGAAUUCAUUUUACAAUAAUUCGACUUGCAAAAUCUGGCCCGGAUACACUAAUAUAAGACAUCCCCCCCCCCUCCCAUAAAGAAAUGUAAAUGGACGAUUACAUCUUCCACUUACAAAAAUUAUACAGCGAAACCCCUUAUUUACGUUACCGUUAUUUACAUUUUCCCGUUAUUUGAACCAUUUUAUUCCUGUCCGGUAUUAACCCCAUUUGAUGUAAUACAAAAAAUUCCCGUUGUUUACAAUGCGCUUAUUGCUUUACGCAGUUUACGCCGUUCGUUCUGAUAAAUCUGUUUACUAACUUAAUUAAUCCUAUUACAAAGUAAUCUGAUGUGUAAAUCAUGUUUUAAAGACUUUUCAAAAGUUAUAAACUUCAUCUUUAACGUCUUGGGAGUCGCUUUAUACCGCUUAUAAAAACGUAAGCAGCGCCAGUUUGGUUGUGUUGAUUCCUGUAUUCCUGUAUAGAGCGCACACACGUAGUUGAAGAUUGAUAUCGAUAGCUCGCAGACUGCAUGCACGCGCGCACUCUGUCAGGAACUGAGUUAACCUGCACGAUCGUUAUGCGUAUAGUAGUUACAAAUCACGUUCUUGUUACGGGUUUCUUUAUUUAAACUGUGAAUUAUGUGACAAGUUUUUCAAAGGUGGUAUGUUAAAAAUAUUUAAUGAUCUAUGUUAUUUUAAUAAAUAUUCUCAGAUUUGAUUUGAAAAAAUUUUGAAACCCUAAUUUUUUUGAAAUUCGAUUCAAACUGAAAAAUCACAAUUCGCAGAUGUCUAGUAGUAGGGGAAAAAAAACUGCGUUAGAUAUAUUGAAAUACUUUAUUAUUGAAAUUUAUUUCCUGUGUUACAUAUGUAUGAUGUACCAUGUGUCAUGUUCAGAAAUGGCAACAAUCAACUUUUAAAAACAGCAGUAUUUCGUGCCAUAAUUUGUGUUUUAAACAAUGUUUGUAUAUAUUAGCAUGUCUCACAAUAAAAUUGUAGUUAUCGCGUAAUACGUCGUUAAACCACAAUUCACGAAAAUGUCAUGUCUGUACUAAUGGGGAAUGUUCUGGAUCAUUCUACCAGCGACUUACCUGAAUUGAAUUCACUCAUCUUAGGUGUAUAUAAAUAGUGCUAAAUUUUUUGUGGUGCCAGCGGCACUAUUGCCAUAUUAGGUUUUACUAUAUUUUGUUAUUUGUUAAAUCUGUUAUGAACAGAUAUUUAUUAUUUAGAUUUUCCUCAUGUAACAACAAUUUUUAGAGGUGCACACUACAAAAGUUCACUUCACGAAAAUAGCAGUUGUUAAUAUACAUUACUAGAUCCUGCUGCCGCCACACAAUGUAGUUACUGUACCUCAUUCCUAGUUUGCAGUACUUAGUGUAAUGAUUAUUUACUCUUCUCUGUCCAAUACACAAUUUCUGCCAUUAAAAGUGUCCUUGUGAGACUAGGUGACUUGUCUGUGGUUCAGAUCAGUAAACUGGAGUGCUAUGAUUCGUGUUGAGUAAAUAGAGAAGCUGUCUAUUAGGACAUAAUGUACAGUAUCUCCAUAAAAGAAUGUUAAAAAUAUAAUAGUAUCAACUGUUAGCAUUAUAGCAUGUUGGUUCCAGCUCACAAUUAAAAAGUAACUUAAACAGUUUCAGAUAAGCGCAUGUGUGAGUAGUGCUUUGAUGUUUUCUCCCUUGCAGCACCGCCUACGCAAAAUGGCGACUCCUGAACAUAAUUUCCCCAAUUAGUAGAGGGUGAACCUGUAAUCUUUAUUCGGUAACAGGAUUGUGCCCCCCCCAACUCCCCCAAAAUUGGAAUCGCUUUGUACAAUAGUGGUUGAACGUCUAAGUCCUUGACCGUUGGAUUGGUCGUAAUGGUAGAGAUGACAGAGCUCUUUUUGGCUGGCCUCCACGUUCACCUGACAUAACGCCAUUUAAUUUUUUUCCUUUAGGACGUUAUAAAAGAUUGUGUCUACGUUCAGCAACAACCUCUUGAUUUUCCAGAGUUGAGACAACAAAAUGGAAGAGGUUAUUGCUUCCAUUACUUCUGACUUGUUAACCAAAGUGUGGGAAUAAUUGGACUUUAGGUUUAAAUGUGUGCCAUACAACUAAAGGUGCACACAUUGAAAAUGUGUAAGAAAAACUAAGUUUGAUGUAUUAUUUGUUGUAAAUAGUCUAAAUUAAACUGUUAAAAUAUACCAUUGAAACUAGAACAUUCUUUUAUGGACAUCCUGUUUCCUGUAUUUUAGGUGUAACAGGAAAAUGUGUAAAGGGAUCAACGGAGAAUCAAUAUUGAAGUACUCAAACAGAACCGAGAACUGGGAAAAACAUAGAACUGACACAUCACUAAUAUCAAUAUGUUAUAAGAAUGCUGACCUCAACUCAAUGGCAAAAGUACCUAACAUUCACUACUGUCAGUGGUAAUACACAAUAGUACAAUUCUACUUUCACAAACAUAAAAAAAAAAUUGAGGGGCUUCUCAAGGCCAAGAAAGCAAUACAAGGACUUUCAAGAACUGUAAGAACCGUGAGUUGCACUUUGUACCUGUUGACUUGUAGUUUUUCAGUUUAGCUGCAGAUAUCAUGCUUGUAUGUAUAAUUUUAUACAUGUCACUAAGUAUAAAUUUCUCAGCCAGCUCUCUGAUUAUGUUAACUGCCAUAAAGUGUUUAAACUAUUACUUAUCACUUAUCAGGGAUAGAUGUAGACGAACAAUGUCAUUGGAAGUACGUAGGCAUAAGAUAAACAAGAAUACCUUAAGAAUUUUUGUGGAUUGGGAAUUGUGAGGCCAUCCUCUAACCUAUAGGAGAAAAUAAAUUUAUUAUUAAUUAUGGAUUGAAUCUCCAUUUUCUUGAAUCUAGGUCUCAAGGGUCAAAAAUGGAAUAAUUUACAAUAAAUGAAAAAAAUAAUAAAAAUUAUUAACUAUGCUGUUAAAACAUUUAACCCAUUAAAUUUUUUUUUUUUCCCCCGCAAACUAAGUUUUCAGAAUCAAUACAUAUUGUAAUAUUAUUUAUAUAAUUACAUGUUAAAAGUAUAUAUCUUGGGGAAUGGUAACAGAUUAUCAAUGUUUAAUUUUUCAGUUUAUUUUAUUUGCUCUAAUAUUUUUCUUUGAAUCUGUUACCUAAAACAUUGAAUCCUUUGAAGACUAAGGAUUUUAUUGUAUUUGAGGAUUUGAUUGGCCCAUCCCUAAUGUAUAUAUAGGUAUAUAAACAUAAACAUUUCACUUAGUUACAUACAGUGAAACCUAGCUACCAGUACAAAAUAUGCUCAUAACAAGCAGUAAUCAUGAUAAUCAAUUCCCAAUCCUUCAAAAAUGUCUCAUUUUCACAUUAAUCUCAAAAACAGUGCAUCAUAAAGAAAACGUCAUCAAGGUAAAAUUAUUACACAUUUGAUUAUGGUCAAAAAACAUCUACUUGACAUUUUGUAACUGUUUUGGCAAAUCUCAGCCCUUCAAUGUGUACUUAACUUUUAUUACUGUACUGACACAGUUUCAUCUCUUCACUGUAUGGAAACUGCUUCAGUGAAUAGUUGAAUGUUCUAUACUCUAUGACAUGAGUUAUGACUAAACUGCAUCACUUAUGCCACUUAACCACUCUUUACGGCCCGAACCUCAGGCUGAAAUGCACCAACUUCCAUAAUUAUUUUUUGCUGUAUUUACUUGAAUUUUUCUAGCAUUACUGAUAGUUAUUUUAUCAAUUAUGUUAAAUAAAAGCAACGGAUUUAAAGGAAAUUUCAUCAUUGGCGUAGAAACCUAUUGGAUGGAAUUUUUUUUUAUGCUUUAUUUUGUUUAGUAUAUUGUUAUAUUGUUUUUGUGUAAUUUUUUUUACAGAUCAUGUGAAUAUGUACAGUGUUAUAAGAUUUUAAAUUUUAAAAUGGAAAUAAAAAUAUGAAAUAAAUUUUUUUUUCAUGUUAACACAAUGGUUGUUAUGAUUUUGGUGAGCUGCUUGCAGCUUUUAUUGUCUUUUCACUUUUUCUUAUAGUCAUUUUUAACCUGCCCCAACUUGUUCCUUGCUAAAAAAAAUUGACAGUUUUCACUAGCAGACAAACAGCUAAUUCAGUUAUGCUUUAAAAUAUUUUUUGCUCUAAAGUGCCAUUUGUAAAAUAAGUGAAACCUAAAUCAUUUGCAGAUUUAGUGUACUAAAUAAUUACUUUUUUAUGGAGACAGUGGAAAAUACUGUUUAUAAUUCAUAAUUUUAGCACUUAUAUUAUGGCUUGUAGCAUUAAUCAAAAAAUUAAUACAACCCAGGUUCUCUAACACUUUACAUCAACCAAUUUACGUGAGUUUUUACUUUUUCACCUAAAGUCCCAUCUCCUCAGUCUAUCUGGCAAGAUAAUAGAUGCAUUACAAUACACAUUAUUAUUAAAUGACACAUUGCAUGCAGAAUUAACUGUAAAACAUUUUCCUGCACAAUAGUAUACAGUUUUCCUUGUAAUAAUUCAUGCAACCAACACUGCCAAUCUGGAAAAAUAAACUUUUCUGACUGAACUCUGAAAUGAUACAUCAUUACAUCAUUGUGAUCAAGCCACAGACUAUAGAUAUUUCACUGCGCUUCAAAUUAAUACA